GCGGAGGCCCAGGAAGUGACGGCCCCUCCCGCAGAUUUCUGGAGUCGGUGAGCUCGGCGCCCCAGUUCUGUGAUCGCUGUGUUCACGGGUCCUGGGCGAUGGAGAACGGAGCCGUGUACAGGCCCACCACGGAGGAGCACCCGGGCCCUGCCAGGGGCCCCCGGAGCGGCCUCGCAGCCUACUGCUUCCUGGGCCGGCUCAAGUGGCCCCGGCGAGUGCUCAAAUUCUUGCAGCUGGUGCUGUCUCUGCUGGCCUUUAUCUGUGAAGAAGUUGUAUCCCAGUGCACUUUGUGUGGAGGACUUUACUUCUUUGAAUUUGUAAGCUGCAGCGCCUUUCUUCUGAGUCUCCUUAUGCUGAUUGUGUACAUCUCUCCACUUUAUGACAGAGUUGAUGCUGACAAAGUCAAGUUAUCGGACUUUUAUAUUACUUUGGGGAUAGGAUGUCUGUUCUUGUUGGCAUCCAUCAUUUUCGUUUCUACACAUGACAAGACUUCAGCUGAAUGGGCUGCAAUUGUGUUUGGAUUUCUAGCAAGUGUCAUGUUCCUGUCUGACUUUGUCAUUAUGUUCUGUGAAAAACGAGAGGAAUCCCAGCUGAGAAAACCUGAGACUACCGUUAGGACAGAGGCCCUCACUGAACCACUUAAUGCUUAAAGACUCUAGGGAGCAGGUGUUACGUAAAUUAGUGACUGCGUGGUGCCUGAGCCCAGGCAGAAGCUCUUGUACAAUGUGUAUAACUGUUAAACCACUUUUGAAGAGCAGGAGGAAGGACAGGGCUGUGUGUCAGUCACCACAGUUUAGGCCGGAGGGUUUUUGUUUUUUUUAAAUUUUUUUAUAACAGUUGAAACUUGUAUCAAAUGAAGUUUUUUUUUUUUUUUUUGGAGGUGAGGGCAAUUGUUUCUUUAAAUCACAGCUCAACUGAUGAUACAUUAUUCUGUCACUGUUACUAGGCUUAGCUUUCAAACUAUGCUUUAUAUUUGUAUAAAUGCAUGAUUAAGCUCAUCUGUUUAUAAAUUGUUUCAUUUUUUACUUUAAUUUGCUUAGUUAGGUUUUUUGAUGAUUAGAUACAAUUUAAUAUAUAAAUUUUUAAAUUCAAUAUUUAAAAUGUUGGUCUAGGUUUUUUCCUUAAAAUAUAAUAAUAACCAGGCUUUAGUAUAUCUCACUCAGCCUUAAAAUUAUACUGUAACAAUUUAGGAUAAUUAUUAUUAACUCUUUUAUAGCCUAAUAGAAAAUAUAUGGGGGAUUUUGCUAUUUUAUAUAUAUAAAAGCAGCAACGGUCCACAACCCCAUUUUUAUGCUGCACUUUGGUUGUUGACCAAGUAAAAAAAAAAAAAAAAAAAGACUUACAUAACAGAAGAGUGGAAGAAACUGAUACCAUGCCUAAGGACCAAAGAUAAAGAUAUACUUUUUGCGCAAUACAGUGAAAUUACAAAAGCAGGCUUCGAUCACUUAUCAAAUGCCUGAAGAGAUGAGUUCAUAAUCUGAGUUAGGACAUGGUCCGUUCUCCUAUUGGCAUAUGACCCUUUCUACUGAAAUUAAUACAGCUCUUCAGGUCCUCUUCAGAUGUUUUCUUUGGAGUCAGUCAUCUUUUCAAAACCGCAGCCUUUGAUUUUUCAUGUAUUUGAGAUGCUCCCUUUUUUGUCUCCUUAUCAGAAUGGUCCACACACUGCUUCAUCAUCAGGCAGAGGUGGGACCUCUGCCUCUCUUUCUUUUUGGCAGUUGCCUUUCGAUGGUCCAGAAUCUUGGGCCCUUUUAAUUGCAUAGAGUGUUAGCAGAAUCUUUAGGGAUUUUGUUCCCACGAAAGCACUGCUCUAGCUUCUCUUUGGAGGAGACCUUAAGAAAGUGAUUAUCUAGAGAAUCUUGCCCACAUUAAUACUGUUGAUGGUGUAAGGGAGUAGUCAAACAUUUCUCAAGAGACACUUCAUAACCACUUCUGAUCAUUUGGAAGAAUUGUCUGUUGCUGGUAGGUUGUCUUAGAGCCAACCUGACAAGGCACCUGGGAUAGGACCUUUCUGACCAAGUGGUUCACAGACUAGACCUUUCUUGUCCUCCUAGAUUUUUGACUCAAGAUUCUGGUGUUACAGCAAUGAACCCAUGUGUCAAGGACUUUGGUGGAGGUCUCCCCAGGUAGGCAUGCUAGGUUUUCUAUCUGAAAAUUGGAAUCAUGUUUCCAGAGAGAUAGAUAGUUUAGUGACCCCAUCUGUUUGUAUCAGAUUUUGGAUGCUAGUGUUAGUGGUGAUGCCACCACUGCCUGCUUGGGAGAUAAUGAAACCUAUUAUGGAUGCUAUUUUUACUGGGUGUGCCAUCUAAGACAGGGGGAAUAGCCUGGGUCUUGGAUUCAAGAAUAAAGACUGGUUCAAAGAUAAUCAAGUUAUGAUAGGCAAGUUCUGGAAUUUCACAUCAAACUGUACCGUUGCCAUUUGAAUAUCAUCUAGACCCAGCUGGGAUUCACAGCAAAUCGUCUAGGGUACCUCAAGGUCCCCAUCCAUGCAUUGGGUUUAGUUGAGUUUGAUGGCCUUGUCCUCAGCUGGCCUCCUACAUAUAGAGUGUUUGCCGUGAGCGUAAGCUCUGGUUAUUCUGAGGUUUCACUUCCAUUUGUUUCAUUGGUGUAGAAGUGGGCCUCUUAGCUGACCUCCUAAUCCUUUCCUUUCCAGAAAGAUAAUAUAUUCCCUGGCAUUUUUGUUCACUCUAGAACCUUUCUUCACAUUGGUUUUUUUUGUUUGUUUUUUUCCCCUUCCCACAUUGGUUUUUAUGGGAACCUUAACUGAUUAUCCUCCCUCUUCUACUUUAGAAGGAAUUAGAAGUAAAACGACCAUUGUGGUCAAUAAAAAGUUCAAGGAGAACUUGGGACCAAAACCACUGUUAACGUACAGAAAAGGGCAAACUCAAUAAACUUAAAUUUAAAAUAAUUUAUUUAACAUCUAUGGUAAAUUUAAUGUUAUAUUUUAUACAAAUGAACUGUUUAGAAUGGUUCUUAAUAAUUAUAAGGGACAUGCACACUUACAAUACAGAAAUUUUUACAAUUGCUAUACUUAAAUUAUGUUCUGUUUGGGGACCGGGAAAUGUAUUUUUACAUUGUUUAUAGCCAAUCACUUUUGUAUUUAUCAAUUUAAAUCCUGUGGGUCUUUUUUUAUCUCUGUGUCAAAUUUUGUAGUCAUCUUUUUAAAUAAAUCUAUCUUAUUGUCCA